UCUGGUUUUGUGCGGAAUUUGGAGCGCGAAACGUAAACAGUGUUGAUCUGAAACGGCGUCGUUUUCUCCAAUGAGCCUUUUUUCCUUUGGACGGAUUUACCCUCGUGUUUAAAUCUGAAUUACCUAAAUUACCCCUUUCGUCGUUGUGUUAAAGGUCUACUCGAACGACUAAUGCGUGUUUUGAGAGAUCUGAACUCUGAGCUGAAGCCGCUGCUUCUGAUCUCAGAUUCUCAGUUGAGGCCAUGGCGGGGUCUGGGAGCUCCAUGCUGUAUUCCUUUCUGAUGUUCACUGUAAUUCUCUCGCUUCAAGAAAUGUACCGUGCGAAAUUAGCAUCGACGGAAUUGUACACUAUACUUGGAGGGUUUAUCAGCUCUCUUCUGUUUCUUGUGCUCCUUACUUUCAUUGGAAACUACCAAGAAACAGUCGGCGCAAAAACUGGUUGGGGUGCAGUCUUCAUAGCAGAAGCAGUUGCCCUGAUUGCUGCAAGCACAGUCCACAGGGUUUGCAUUACUACAUGUUUCCUGUUCUCGGCUGUAUUGCUGUAUGAGGUUAACAAAAUCUCAGGAUCAGUGCUUUCAGUUCAAACAAGCGACUCCAGAAGUAAAAAGUAUAGUGGGAGAGGUUAAUCUCGUGUGUUCUUAUUAUGUAUGCUCACUGUCUAAGCAUCUUCAAAGAUUUUGUUUGUAGAAUUAGUUAACUACCCUAUUAUCUUUUCUAAAGUUAUCUCACUUUUCCAUGUUACAACUUCAGUGCUGAAUUCCGUGAUGUAAACGAUGAGCAAAUUACCAAACUAGGAUUAUCGAGGGUAAACUGAGUGUUACAACUUAUAAAAUGACUUUUCCAGUUUUCCUUAGUUGACCUUGUUUACUAAAUUAUUGAGGGUAAAAUGAGUGUUACAAGGGUUCUGAUUGUUCAAAACUAUCACCUUCGCUGAAGUUUCUUUUUAUUUUAUUUUUUA